GGUUUUUGAGGUUAUGGAGAAUCAGGAAGAAUCUCUAAUAUCGCAGGAAAUUCUUGAUAUCCUUCUAGAUCCUCUUUAUUGUGAUACAGGAACAACCACUACUAAUAGAGUGGAGUUUAUUCUAGCAGAUUUUACUUUAAAUUGGGAAAAAAUAGCGCAACUUAGUGAGCCAAAAGAAUUUUCCUAUGAAAACUGCAAGGAUGUAAUUUCAUCUCAUAGGAAAGUAUGGAUAGAAGCCUCAUGUGUGUUUUCUCAGAAUUUUUCCAAUAAUAUCCAAAAGAAAAUCCCAAAAAAUCUCUACUAUUGGACUCAUCGAAAUGAUUUCCUCGAAAGGAUUCUCCAUGAGGACUUUGUAAAUCCGUCCAGAAGUGUAGAAAUCACUCUUAUCCUCUCCUCCGUCCUUGAGUAUGCUCUGGGCAAUGUGUUUUUCACAUUGUCUGGAAAAUCUCCGCCCCAUCUUUUAAGAGAUAUUCUCGUAACUGAGGAAUUGCAGGGAAUUUUCAGGAGGAAUUCUCUAUUCUUCCUACAAAUUAUCCUAGGGACACCCAAUGGGAUAAAUCUGAGAAAUCUCGUCUGGCAUGGAUUUCCCAUUGCUCAAGAAAUCCCUUCCUAUUAUCCAUGCAUUUUGAUUUCUGUGAUUUUAUCCUUCGGGAAGAUGCUCAAUCGAGUGAAAAUUAUUCCCAGGAAACUUUCCUACAAUCCCAUUGAAAUGAUAAAUAAAAAAAUAAACCUCGAUACUUCCUGGUGCGAUCUGGAAACUGAGGAAAUCCUCAAUUUUAUCAGAAAAUCUGAAUUUAUUUCAUCUAAACAUUUUAUUUUCUGGGAAGAAAUCCUUCAGAACUAUUCCACAGCGAAUUAUGCUUCAGGAAUUAUCGUGCUUCUGCCUCAAUUUGAGCUUGUUCUCAGGAAGAUUUACGGGAAGCUCAAUAAUGUUGAUAUUCGUGCUAAAAUUGGUUCAUAUUACGUGAUUCUGGACACAUUUAUGGACACAGUAAUCCCCGGGACAGAAGAAAGCAAUAAAAUCCACCAAAUUCUCAAUCCAGGAAUACUACAUCUCAUCCAUGAUUUAUUUGUGGCACCAAAAGGUCCCAGAAUUCGAGAUAAAAUUAGCCAUGGGGAAUUGUCUUUGGGAGAAAUUCACGAUAAAAGUCUGUUAAACAAAUUAAUUGCUUUAACUCUUGAAGUUCUUUCGGAAUUUUCAGAAAGACCUUUUGAAAAAAUUUCCGGCAAUCUAAGAGGCUACAAAAGUCAAUUCCAUCCCAAUGGUUCACUUUUACUGGGUCUCAAAGAAAUCCGGAAGAAGCAGAUUGAGAUUUAUUCAAUUAAAGUUCCGGAAAACUUUCAAAUCGACGUAAAUCCCAAAAAUUCCCUUCCGGAAAUAGAAUUUCCUCUAUUAAAAAUAUUCUUUAGGCGUCCAGAAGAGGCUGAAAUUGUUGGGAUUCUCGAUAAAAUUCUCCAAAAUGCUCUAAUCUCUUCCGAAAAUGUCCUAAAAGGUCUUCAGGAGCGACUUUUCAUGUUCCAUGCAAAAACCCUGCGUUCAAAGAGACGAGAAACUCUUCAGAAAACCCUCCAACUUCUCCCUCAAAUCCAUUCAUGGCUCAUAAGCCUUUCUGAAGUUGUAGAAAAAAUCUUCAAUCUCAUGCAGAAUUCACAAGAAUUCUGGGAUUGUGUUCCGAAAGACAAAUUAAAAAAACUCUUACGUAAAAUACAGAAAUAUUCUGAAAAUCUCACACAAUCCACGCAAAUAUCAUCAAACGAUUGGAUCAAAUCAUCCAGCGUCAUGGACAAAUCCGUGGAGAUGUUUGCAAAAGUAAUGCAACUUGUCAACUUUUAAACUUUAAAAUUGCUGAGGAAAUUCAAAAGAUGCCCCUGCCUAUGAUCGUCAUUCGGCUUUGAGACGUUUAUGAGUCGGCGUGGGAUUCUCUUCACUUCCUUGUGAAUUGGAAUCCUCAGAAAAUGGCAUGCUGGACACAAACUCCUGCGAAUCACUGACCAUCGAGAAGCCUAAAACAAACAAUUUAUGAAGUGUUUCCGUCGCUAAAAUAAAUGAAUAAUUUGGAAUUUAAGAUGGUUAUAUAAAAAUUGAG